AAAUCUUGAGCCACAGGAUGACAGGGUCGGAAUCAACAUAUUUCAGUUUAGAAGAUGAUUUCUGUACCAAGAUUUCACGCGCCAUCGAGCGCGUCUUACUUUUAUCCAAACUCUAUAGUAUUAGGGAAUACUCGGAAAUUCCUCUAUUUCCCACUCCAAGUUGGAAAGACCUCACUGAACACGACCCGAGAAGUGAGAACAUCCCGUGACACCGCUUCGUACUACCGUGCAUGCUCCCUUCUCUCCUCUUUCCAUCACUGCCGCCGCCGCAGGCGCCAUCACCAACAGCAUUUCGUCUCACUACGUACCCGGAAACUCUAAAACCCUCGCUAUUUUCUUGUCGGUUGCUGUCAAUGAAGGAUCGGUCUCCUUCAUACGGUUCUGUUUACGUGCCUCCGCAUCAUCGCCUCCGUUCCUUUGUCACCGCACCCAAUUACUCCUCUCAUGCAAAUCCUUCACCCGAAUCCAAAGAAGGCGCGGCUCUAAAGCCUGGAGAAACUCUGCCUGACUGGCAAUCCCAGCAGCAAAAACAACAACAACUGAAGCAACAGCACCAGCCGCAGCAGUGGAGUAAUUAUUCGCGGGAUACUUCUAUUUUACGUGAUGGAGCAUCUGAGGACGGCUCUGAUUGGGAAUUCGACUCAACUUUGCCACCGGGGGUUUCUCCUUCUGUGAAUACGGAGGAGUGGAAACAGAAGCUAGACAUACUUCUGCGUGACAAGGACAAACAUGAAUUGGUCUCCAGGGAGAAAAAGGAUAGACGCCAUUUUGAUCAAAUUGCAGCUUUGGCCAGCAGAAUGGGUUUGUACAGCCAUCUGUAUGCGAAAGUUGUUGUCUUUAGUAAGGUCCCAUUGCCAAACUAUAGAUUUGAUCUGGAUGACAAACGUCCGCAGAGGGAGGUUAGCUUGCAUGCCAGUUUGCUGAGACGGGUUGACGCAUAUUUGAGUGAACACAUUUCUCAAAAAUCAAGCACAAACAAAACUUUUCCAGAUAUUUCCUUUACAAGAUCAAGUAGUAUGGGUAGUUUUGCUAAUGAUGACUGGCUGUUUGAACAGCCAGAGCUACCAGUGUCCAGUAACGCUGUCAAGGAGAAAAAAUUUUGGCGGAGAAGUUUACAACUCCGCAAUCAGCAACAAACUUGGCAGGAAUCACCAGAAGGUCGAAAAAUGUUGGAAUUUCGUGCAAGUCUUCCUGCUUUUAAGGAGAAGGGUGCCAUACUUGAAGCCAUCUCGCGAGAUCAGGUAGUUAUUAUCUCGGGUGUAACUGGGUGUGGUAAGACCACACAAAUUCCCCAGUUUAUCUUGGAAUCUGAGAUAGAAUCUGUUCGGGGAGCUGUUUGUAGCAUUAUAUGUACACAACCAAGACGAAUAUCUGCUAUGUCUGUUUCUGAAAGAGUGUCUUCAGAGAGAGGAGAGAAAUUGGGUGAAUCUGUUGGAUAUAAAGUACGGUUGGAGGGUAUGAAAGGAAGAGAUACACACCUUCUCUUUUGCACCACAGGCAUUUUGUUGAGAAGAUUGCUGGUUGAUAGAAAUUUGAAAGGUGUGACUCAUGUUGUUGUCGAUGAGAUUCAUGAGCGUGGAAUGAAUGAAGAUUUCCUGCUUAUUGUGCUCAAAGAUCUCCUUCCUCGUCGGCCAGACCUGAGGUUGAUUUUGAUGAGUGCAACCCUUGAUGCAGAAAUUUUCUCUUCCUACUUUGGUGGGGCUCUGGUCAUUAAUAUUCCGGGUUUUGCUUACCCAGUCCGCACUCAUUUUCUGGAGGAUAUUCUGGAGAUGACAACUUAUAGGUUGACCUCAUCCAACCAAAUUGACGAUUAUGGGCAGGAGAAGAUGUGGAAAAUUAACAAGCAAACAGUAAGAAAGAGGAAAAGUCAAAUUGCUUCUGUGGUCGAGGAUGCACUUCGAGCGGCAGAUCUGAAGGAAUAUAGUCUCCAAACUCAGGAAUCUUUGUCCUUUUGGAACCCUGAUUGUAUUGGUUUUAAUCUAAUAGAACAUAUACUGUGCUAUAUAUGUGAGAAAGAAAGACCUGGUGCCGUUUUAGUUUUUAUGACUGGAUGGGAUGACAUUAGUUCUCUGAAGGAAAAGCUUCAAUCUCAUCCAAUAUUGGGAGAUCCUAGUCAGGUUCUGCUACUUGCAUGCCAUGGCUCCAUGGCCAGUUCAGAGCAGAGGUUAAUAUUUGAGGAGCCAGAAGUCGGAGUGAGGAAAAUAGUUCUGGCUACAAAUAUUGCGGAGACAAGUAUCACAAUCAAUGAUGUUGUUUUUGUUCUUGAUUGUGGAAAGGCAAAAGAGACAUCCUAUGAUGCCCUGAAUAAUACUCCCUGCCUGCUUCCUUCAUGGAUAUCAAAGGCUUCAGCUCUACAAAGAAGAGGAAGAUCUGGCCGUGUUCAAGCAGGAGAAUGUUAUCAUCUCUAUCCUAGAUGCGUAUAUGAUGCUUUUGCGGAGUAUCAACUUCCAGAAAUUUUGAGGACGCCUCUGCAGUCCCUUUGCCUGCAGAUCAAAAGCUUGAAGCUUGGAAGUAUUUCUGAGUUCUUAUCUAGGGCUUUGCAAUCACCAGAAUUACUAGCGGUUCAAAAUGCAAUUGAGUAUUUGAAAGUCAUUGGAGCAUUGGACAAUGAUGAAAAUCUUACCGUUUUAGGUCGUUAUUUAACUAUGCUUCCGGUGGAACCCAAACUUGGGAAGAUGCUCGUAUUAGGUUCUAUUCUUGAUUGCCUGGAUCCAAUAUUAACUGUUGUUGCUGGUCUUAGCGCUAGGGAUCCUUUCUUAACGCCAUUUGACAAGAAGGAUCUUGCAGAGGCUGCAAAAUCUCAGUUUUCCCAUGAUUACAGUGACCACUUUGCUCUUAUCCGGGCUUAUGAAGGCUGGAAAGAAGCUGAGGGAGAUCUUAAUGGAUUUGAUUUCUGUUGGAAAAAUUUUCUUUCUGCACAAUCAAUGAGAGCAAUUGAUUCACUGAGGAAGGAGUUCUUCUCUUUGCUCAAGGAUACAGGAUUGAUUGACAGCAACGCAACCAUCUGCAAUGCGUGGAGCCAUGAUGAUCAUAUGAUACGUGCUAUCAUAUGCUAUGGAUUGUACCCUGGAAUUUGUUCUGUCAUGAACAAUGAAAAAUCUUUUUUGCUCAAAACUAUGGAAGACGGCCAGGUACUUCUUUACUCGAACUCAGUCAAUGCUCGAGAAACGAGAAUUCCGUAUCCAUGGCUAGUUUUCAAUGAAAAGAUCAAAGUGAAGUCUGUUUUUUUACGGGAUUCUACAGCUGUGUCUGACUCAGUGCUCCUGCUAUUUGGUGGUAGCAUAUCCAGUGGAGACAUCGAUGGGCACUUAAAAAUGUUAGGUGGCCAUUUAGAAUUUUUCAUGCAGCCUGCCGUAGCAACAAUGUAUAGAAGCUUGAGGAGAGAACUUGAUGAGCUAAUUCAGAACAAAUUAUUGAAUCCCAGGAUGGACAUACACGGCCAUCACGAGAUCCUAUCUGCAGUGCGAUUGCUUGUCUCAGAGGAUCAAUGUGAUGGAAGGUUUGUAUUUGGCCGCCAGGUUCUUAACUCUCCAAAGACAUAUGUUAUGGAAACGCAGCCAACCUUGGUCUCAAGGAGUGAAAGUGGACCUGGUGGUGAUAAUUCUAAGAGCCAGCUUCAGACAUUGCUUACUAGAGCAGGAUAUGCUGCGCCCUCCUACAAAACAAAACAAUUGAAGAACAACCAAUUUCGAGCCAUUGUGGAGUUCAAUGGAAUGCAAAUUAUGGGGAACCCUUGCAGCACCAAGAAAAAUGCAGAAAAAGAUGCUGCAGCUGAGGCAUUACACUGGCUGAUGGGCGGGAUGCAGACAGGGGAUGAUGAAUACAUCAAUCACAUGUCAGUGUUGCUGAAGAAAAGCAAGAAUAAUCAUAACUAGACCUGUAGAAACAGAGGACUUUUGUGGCAGUGCGAGCUGAAUAGAUGCUACCUAGGAACAGCGGUUACAGAUGAGGACGGCACAAAGGGACAUAUUUUAACGUGUCAGAGUCCAUUCCCCUAGUUCCCUUCAGUGGGAGAAAAUGGUUGGACAGCACUUACCUUGAAGCCAGCAAGCUGAUAUUGUCCAUGCAUGUAUUUGCUUGCUUUUGAAGAGGGUUGAUUGAUGGGGGGUAAAAGUGAUGUUGUAAGAUAAAAAAUUAUGGCAAAAAACAUCAGGGGAAAUGAGAGAUGAAUUUUUUUCACCAAUUUUGAUGUUCAGAUGAACUGUUUGCUCUAAUUUUAUACACUCUGAUUAUCUACAA